CAUACGUUUCAGAUGUAAGACGUUUCUUGUUGAAUUCACAAUUACAAUACAAAUGAAGACAUAAAGUUGGAAACGCUAAGUGUUGAAGAAAAUAAAACGAAAGAAAGAAAUAUAAAGCAAAGAAACAACAGAUAUUGCAAGUGAAGUGAAGUUUUUUUUGUGAUAUAAAUAACCAAUUAAGGAUAAAUCAAAUUCAAAAUUAAAGAUGAAUCAAAAUACUGUAACUGGUUGGACAUUGUUCACACUACUGGCGUCCAGUUUAGUGAUAAAUGUAAUUGCCUAUCCGCAAGCAACAAGUAACCUAGCUGCUCAGUAUCGACCACCACAAUUGCCUCAACAGAAACCAUUGAAUGGUCCCAGCGAAUACGUUCCAUCCGCUCGAUACGAAGAAGGCGAUCGUAAAUUUGCCGAGAAACCCAAUGCACUGAAGAAAGUCGCACUGGACGAUAUUGACGACGACAUUCAAACGAACCAAAUCACGGACAAUGGUGGCGGUGGAUUCUCAUGGACGAAUAUGUUGGGAACAUUGAUGACAAUGUUCUUCAACAAUGCGGCCAAUAUUCAACCAACGAAAUCCGAUGACUUAGAAACGAAUGGUGGUUUGGCCACAUCACCAUGGGCCAAUGUUAUUUCAAUCGGUCUACGCAUCUUUACAACAUUAUUGGGCGGUGGUGGAGCUACGAAUGACGGUAUCGAUAAAGUUGACAACGGAGGUGGUGGUUCACCGAUGCAGGGUAUCCUUGCUGCUGUUUUAUCGGGCGUCUUAGGCACUAAAGAUCCAGAACAGGUCAACACAAUGGCUAAACAAGCGGGCGAGUUCAUCAACAUUGUGGUCAACCUUCUGGAUGCCCUAAAGACAUCAUUCUCGCACCGUUCACUUGCCGCCCGAUCGAUUGGUAAGAAAGAUUCGGUGAGCGAUGCUGCCGUCGCUAGCAUUGCCAUGAUGAAGAGUUACGUACGCACAUAUCGAAAUGCUGACGAUAAAUGUAUGCAACGGUAUCUAUGCGAAGCGAAUAUGGAAUGUAACAAGGACAUUGGAGGCUCAUCCAUUUUCUGUCAAUUGGGAACAUAUGCUACCAGCUUUGUACUAGAACGAACAACCGGCAAUUCAUUCGAAGCAUUUUACGAUGCUGGACGUCGCGGUCGAUCUGGCGAAAAUUGUCGACAAAUUUACCUCGAAUGUAACGAAGUUUAAACUUAGACAUUUUCUCAAAACAAACACAAACAUUGUUUGAUUGGCUGAUUUUUUGUGUGUGAAUGAAUCUCGGAAUGAAUGUGACUGAGUAUUUGCGAAAAUAUUUUUUUUUUAUGAAAGUUUGCCUUCGAUGGUUAGUAAAAGAAAAACAUCCGCAAAAAUAUUUAUUUUCGAAUGAAGAAAAAAUUUGUUAGAAGAACGGAGAGCGGAAAACUUUCCUAAAAUUUGACGUAUUAAAUUUGGUUGCGUUACCAAGCAGCUAAAAAAAGUUUUGAUUUUUCUUUCGAUGUAGACGCGUGGUGUUGUAGCGUUCUGUUAGACGAAGCAACUGAAUCUAUAACACUAUUUUUACCUGUCCUAUAGCAAUAAUUUAUUUAUUUAAACUUUUUAUUUAUUCAAAACGUAAACCAUUUUCUCGAACCAAAAUCUUUUUGUGCAUUUAGUGUAUACGUGCGGGUCUGGCGUAAAUGUGAUUGGAUUGAUUUGAGGAGAAAUGUCUAAUUUGAAUUUUUAAUUUCGAGACGAUUUAAUUUACAUUUAUUGAAUGUGUAAUUAAGUUAUUUUUUUUAAAACAAAACAAAA